AUGUUCAGCGAAGAAAGCAAAUCUGGAAAGAAUCACACAGACGUCCGAUCCAGAGCUGCGGUAUCAGAUGAAACCAGGGAAGCUUCGCAAGGCACCGCCGAAAAUACCAGCAAAGAUGUACACGAUGGUACCCAAACAAGUGAUGAUGGAGACACUCAUGGGACUUACCCCAAAGUGGAAUCAAUUCCCGAACCUCAUCAAGCUCAUACGAGGUCCACCAGUGGGCCUGAUGAUUCCUUCUUUCGUUAUGGGUAUAGCACUCGAUUCACUGGCCCAACAGACAAUAAAUUCUUCAGUGAACCUCGACUAUUCGGUUGCGCAGGGUACCGCUCCCAAUCCCCCCAAAUGAGCUACACACCAGGUGCAGGAGGUGAUAGUCAUGGUUCUAUGAAACCUUUUGGUCCUGGUGCUGUAGCGGUGUCGUCGCUGGAGCAGGUGCAUUUCUUUGGAAUAAGGACAAGGAAUAGAUGA